ACUUGAGCUGCUGCGGUUCCUGGUGCUGGCGCUGGAGAAACAUGACCUUCAGCAAUUUAUCUCCAAAACAACCCAGAACGGAGCUGAGCUAGGGUCUGCUUUUGCUCCAGACCCUCGCAGGGUGGCUGGUUAGCCUUGUUUCAUGUUAGACACUAGAUGUCACCUGCAGAAGACGAGAAGAGCUUGCCUCUGCCAGAGAGAUGGCCCCGAGCCAGCAAAUUCGCUCUGUCAGCCUGUGCAGCGGCUGUGGCAGAACUAGUGACAUUUCCCCUGGAUCUCACAAAAACUCGACUGCAGGUCCAAGGUGAAGCUGCCAUUCAUCGCAAUGGAGCUGCUGCCGGCCAGGCAGUCCCUUACCGUGGCAUGCUGCGCACGGCGGCUGGCAUCGUGCGAGAGGAGGGCUUACGAAAGCUCUGGCAAGGAGCCACACCGGCCGUCUACCGCCACAUAGUGUACUCUGGCGUUCGGAUGGUUGCGUAUGAACAUCUCCGUGACUCCGUCCUUGGCAGGGCUGAGGAUGAAAGCUUUCCUUUCUGGAAAGCUGUAGUUGGAGGCAUGUCCGCAGGUGCCAUCGGACAGUUUUUUGCCAGCCCGACUGAUCUGGUGAAGGUGCAGAUGCAGAUGGAAGGAAAAAGGAAGUUGGAAGGAAAGCCGUUACGGUUUCGAGGAGUGCACCACGCAUUUAUGAAGAUCCUGUCCGAAGGAGGAAUACGGGGGCUUUGGGCUGGAUGGGUGCCCAAUGUCCAGAGAGCUGCCCUGGUGAACAUGGGAGAUCUGACCACUUACGACUCAGUGAAACACUUUUUGCUUCUGAACACGCCACUUGUGGACAAUAGCGUGACUCACAGUAUUGCCAGUUGCUGUUCUGGCGUGGUAGCUGCUGUUCUGGGAACUCCUGCUGACGUGGUCAAAACCCGGAUAAUGAACCAGCCGAGAGAUAAGCAGGGAAGAGGUCUGCUGUAUAAGUCUUCCAUGGACUGUCUGGUUCAAACUGUACAGGGUGAAGGGUUUAUGUCUCUGUACAAAGGCUUUGUACCAACCUGGAUGCGAAUGGCUCCUUGGUCACUGGUAUUCUGGCUUACGUAUGAACAAAUCAGAAGGAUCUGUGGAGUUAGUUCUUUUUAAAAUCAUGAAACCACUUCAAUAUUCACAAAACAAAAAGGGAUCAGAAAGCUGAACUCUCAUUCCACAAGGCAUCCUGACCCCACAGGGAACUAAUUUAGGAGAUUGGCAUUAGGGUCACAUGUAUGGGUUGCUGCCCCAAAUCCAGUCCUUACUGGUUAGGCGUAGCCAUGACUUAAGGAUACUAUUUGCUUGUCAGACUGCUAUAUCAAAUUUAAGUUAUCCACAAGAUAAAAUCAUCAUAAUAAUCCUUCAUCUGGCAGCCAACAUCAGCUUUCUGAAACAGUAAACAGAGGUAAAAAAAAAAAUCUACCAAGCAAGUAGAAUCUAAUACUGUUUGCUUGUUUGAUAAUAGAGAUGGUUCCUGUUGUUAAGGACAAGAGUGGGUUGAACAAUGCAGCACUGAACAUCUUCUGUGGCUAAACAGUCUAUAAAAUUAUUUGGGAAUUUUUGUUAUUAUUACAUUUGCACACACAUAAAGAACUACCUCUCGUUAGUUUGAUGCCUUGGCAAACCAAGCCUGUAGUGCUAGGAACUGAAAAAGAUUAAAGCAGUUCACCUGAUUUCCAAUCUGCUUUGCACAAAAGGUUGAAGGGGUUGCGUUCCUCUUACUUCCCAGAGACCGCCUGACCCCUUCACUCAACCACUUGAGUUGAAAUGAAGUCCUGUACCCAGGAAAUCAAAAGCCUAGUUCACUCUGUUCCUCUUGAAGGACUCAUAAUACACACACUGAGUUGAACCACUGGUCCUCUGAGGGUCCCAGUGCUGAUGUGGUAGACAGGGUCAUUAAGGUACCACUCUUCCAUGGAAAUACACACUCUGCCCAUUUUACAUCUCAGUGAAAAUAUAAUGUUCUCUUCAAAAACACAAUGUUUGAAUAUGAAUGAUUUAUAUUUUUUUUUAAUCUAAAGCUUUCCAGAUUUCAUAGGAAAGGGGACUGCUGCUGUUUGUUACUGGGUUUAUCUUUGGCAAUCAGGAGGCAAAAAAGCAGUAUAAAAGCAAUCAUAAUGGAGACAGAACGAAGCUGGCUUUGAUUUAGCAAUAUCUAGUAAUGAAAUGACUGUACAAGACUUAGUUCUCCGAGUAAAUACUCAGCAUCUCUUCUAGACUAGACUUUGCAACUAGUAUCUUCAAUGUGCCAAUAUCUGAUUAAAUACAGUUUGGGUGUCUUCUUUGCUUGCACUUGUACCUUUUUAUUGUACUGUAGAUCUGUCGUGGCUGCACACAUUUGGGUCUGUGAUUCCAGCCUGGAAGAAAUUAAUCUCACCAUUAUUAGGGGGUCAGAAGUUUUUGUUGAGAAAUACUGUUAUUUUUCUAGUUGCCAGCCUGAGAAACUAAUCUGAGUUCUUUCCUUCUCACACGCCAUUGGCAGUGAUUAUAAACCAGCAGUCAAAGCUGCUUCUUUAGUUACAUCAUGAGUGGUCCUGCCUGCAAUCCCAUUACUCAGAUAACCCUGAUGAUGGAUAUGCAGAAGUACCUGCUCUAUUGACUUUAAAAAUGUAAUUUUAAAAGUCUUGUAGUGAAAAACUGUUUUAAUAAAGUGUUUUGUUUUGGGUUUUUUUGAGCAUGAAACACUAAAGAGAUUUGUAACAAUGUUGAUUCCUCA